AUGUCUGCUUUGCAAAAACAAACCAAGUCAUUACAAGAACUGAACCUAGAGAAGGAAAGCUGGAAUAUUAUUGCAAGAGUGGUAAGGCUAUGGUUUGUAGAAGAUUACACAAAAGGAAAAUCUCCAUUUUCCAUGGAGAUUGUUCUUCAAGACAAAGAGGGUGUCCUAAUCCAUGCGUCUGUUAGACGCACACUGAUAUACAAAUUUCAAUCUGAAAUCAAAGAGGAUAAGGUUUACUUCAUUCAGUCUUUUAGUGUUUCAUGUAAUGGUGGUUCUUAUAGAACUACAAAUCACGCCUAUAAGAUCAACUUCCAAUUUGGAACCAAGGUGAAUUUGGUAGAAUCUACCUUAGUUCCCAAUAUUAGUACUGCAUACACCCCUUUUUCAACCAUCAAAGCACCUGGUUUUGACAUAGAUUACUUAGUUAAUGUCAUUGGAAAGUUUACUAGUGUUGGAACAGAGAGAGAGUUAGAGAAAAGUGGUAAGAAGACUAAGAUGAAUGUCAUCCUUAUUGAAUCUGAUGGGAUGUGGGAUAGUACUGAAUCUCUUUCUCAACCUCUUACCCAACUUGGUCAGUCUUCAAAAGUUAGCUUAGAAGAAGAUUUCAUUAAGCUGCAUCCUAGAUGCUCAAUUGAAGGUCUCAAAGAUUUUAAACAGGAAAGUACUUUUGUAGUGAAGGCUACUAUCAAACAUGUUCUAGAUCAUGAUGAUUGGUGGUACACAGCAUGUAUCUGCAACAAAGCUGUUUAUUCUGACUCCAAAAUGUUUAAACUUACACUUCGUGUAAUUGAUGCUACUGAUUCUACAACUUUUGUUGUAUUUGAUCGUGAUAACACUGAUGUUGGUAACUUGCCUAAAGAGUUUGAAGUCCUCAUUGAUAAGACCUAUCUGUUCAAAGUUGAGUGCAAGAAUGAUUAUAAUAGCAAAUUUGAGCAAUCAUUCAGAGUUAAAAAAGUCUGCAUGGAUGAAAAAAUCAUUGAAAGCUUUAGUGAUGUUGAAGUUAAGUCUUUGGAUGUAUACUCUGGAAAUGAAGAAGAAAGUAAACUUAAGCAGAUUACAAAUGAGAUGGCACCUGAUACCAUUGCAGAGGAUUUGCUGAUCAAAUUCACUGAAGAAUCAAAUGAUGUUGAGGCUCUAAGUGAUCAUUUGAACACUACAGGAUCAAGCCAUGUUUCUACAAAGGAAGCUUUGGUCAAUCAACCAGUAAUUGAUGUUGAAAAUGAUGAGUUAACCCAGAAAGAAUCAUCUCAUAUGGAGAAUCUUAGCUUUGAUUUGGCUACCAAAGCACGUGUCCCGACAAUUAAAAGGUAG